AUAGCUUCUGUCCGCCCUGUAUCUGGCCUCGGCUCAUGCUUUGCCGGUAGGAGACCUCGUACAAUCGCACCUCUAUGAAACUUCGGCCAUGCUGCUUCAGCUACCUAGCAGUAUUCAAAAAUUUUCGCAGACUUCCUUUCCGCAUCACCAGGACAACUGGUUGAUGACAAUGGCUCAACAAACGCAGAAGCCAGGUCCUACCACCGGGCCCUUCAUCCUAAAGCUACCCCAUCCCUACCUCACCGCGUAUGCAAUUACAAACGUUGCUGCGACCGGCCAACCCGCCAGCUACCGUAUAUCCCUUUCCGCAGCUCACUCCAAGGACAAUGGGAUACCUCCGCCAAGGCCCCUUCAUAGUGACGAUCUGUCAUUCAACGACAUAGCCUUCUUGGCCCCAGAAUCGAUACCACCCAAGGGAGACAACAGCUCUUGGGCUCGGGCGCGAAGAUCACCCUUCGUAACCAUCUCCUGGACUGAUGGCCGGCCCACUGUGCCCCAGCUCUGGCUCGCUGCCUACGCUUUGGUUUCACUGCAUCCUCUCGUCGAGCACAUCCGAGUGCUCUUCUCCGGCAACGAUUCUUCGAUGCUGGCCUCGGAGAUUUAUUCCACUGGCCUAUUCCACCCGCACCCCCGUGGAUCCAACCCAUCAGCUCCUCACGAUGGCCAUUUGCUUCUUCGAAGCAAUUUUUGGCAGGGCGCGGCUUCACCCUUUGGAGCUCGUCCAGUCUGGGCUCCGCUGCUCGAUGCUGCUAACAAGCCAAUCACGGCCGAGUAUCCGCCUUUUCCUUUCCAAACGGCACCAACGACGCAGUUCCCUGCUUUACCGCGACACACUAUGCAUCCCGUACGUCGACCAAAACCGGCUCCCGGGUCCAUCAUCUACAGCCGCUGGAUCCCGCACCUGCAGGAGCACUUCGCGAUGAUCGCUGUCGAUUACACUAACGAGGAGCAUCUCAACCUCUUCCAUGUCUGGCAGAACGAUCCACGUGUUGCUGCUGGGUGGAACGAAACCGGGACGCUGGAGCAGCACCGCGAGUAUCUGCGGAAGCUGCAUGAGGACCCCCAUGUGAUCACCAUGUUUGCUGCAUUCGAUGAUGUGCUUUUUGCAUACUUCGAAGUCUACUGGGCCAUGGAAGAUCACAUGGGUGCCCACUACCUCGCGUCGCCGUACGACCGCGGCAGGCACUCUCUCGUCGGCGACAUCAGAUUCAGAGGCCCGUACCGCGUCUCGGCGUGGUGGUCUGGACUCAUGCACUACAUGUUCUUGGACGAGCCGCGGACAUGGAAUAUCGUCGGCGAGCCAGCUGCCACAAGCAGCACCGUGUUGGCCUACGACUUUGCGCACGGCUUCCAUGUUGAGAAGCUGAUGGAUCUCCCGCAUAAGCGAAGUGCGCUCAUGAUGGUCAACCGGGAGAAGUUCUUCACGCUAAGUCCGUUUGUAUGGGAUGGGGAGAAGCAGGUUCGCCCGAGUUUAGACGCCCUCGCGAAACUGUAGAUUUCGAAGACGUAAACUUGGGGGCAUUUUGAUUUCAGCAACGCACAUGUACACAAAAUCAACUCGAGGUCCUCAGCUUCACAAGGUUGCGCUUCCUCACUGCGCGUUCAAGCGUGCUCUUGCGGCCUCCGGUUUGCGCUCUUAAAGUCACGACGAACCGUCAUCAAGCCCUAGGCUAGCGCGGGCUGCAGUCCAGUAGCCCGUUUUUGAUUCCAUACGAA